GACAGCCGGCGAUGUGCAACGGCGCAUAACUAUUUUAUUUAUUUUUGUAAGAAGACCUAAAUUUGCAUUGAACUCGGUCAUAAUGUAUAAAAAUUUGGAAGAGCACAAUCGACUUGUGAAUAAAUAUCUGAAGAUAUUUUUUGUGGUUGCAUUGUAUUGGUGCACCUCCAUACUGACCGUGUUCGUGAACAAACAUCUGCUGAGCAGCGAAACCGUCAAUUUGGGAGCUCCGCUCUUCAUGUCCUGGUAUCAGUGCGUCAUAUCCACUGUCAUUUGCUUUGUAAUGAGUCGUCUCAGUCGCAAGUAUCCGAGUGUCUUCAGCUUCCCGGAGGGAGAUCCACUGGACAUUGAUACAUUUCGCAAGCUGUUGCCUUUGACGGUGCUCUACACCCUAAUGAUUGGCGCCAAUAAUCUGUCGCUGGCGUAUGUAACGGUUGCCUUCUAUUACAUUGGACGCUCCCUUACAACAGUGUUUAGUGUGGUGCUGACCUAUGUGAUUCUGAGGCAAAGAACCAGCUUUAAGUGCUUAUUGUGCUGUGCCACCAUUGUUGUGGGCUUUUGGCUGGGCGUGGAUCAGGAGAGCCUAACGACGGCCUUCUCCUGGCGCGGCACAAUAUUCGGUGUGCUCAGUUCCCUGGCGCUGGCCAUGUACUCGAUACAAACCAAAAAGUCGCUGGGUUAUGUCAACCAGGAAAUCUGGCUGCUUAGCUACUACAAUAAUCUGUACUCCACGCUUCUAUUCCUGCCACUCAUCAUUCUAAAUGGUGAGCUAGGCACAAUCUGGGCGUAUCCACAUUUGUGGGCUGCCUGGUUUUGGGCAGCUAUGACGCUCAGUGGAUUUUGUGGUUUUGCCAUUGGCUUUGUCACAGCUUUGGAGAUAAAGGUUACUUCACCGCUAACGCACAACAUCUCGGGCACGGCUAAGGCGUGCGCCCAAACAGUUAUUGCCACGCAGUAUUAUAACGAUGUACGCUCCGCGAUCUGGUGGACCUCCAAUAUAGUUGUAUUGGUUGCAAGUGCCGCAUAUACGCGCGUCAAGCAAUUGGAAAUGUUGCAGCAGCACCAGCAGCGCAGCACCGCGACAUUGAAAGCAUAAGCAAAUAUUUCAAAGCAAAAUAUUAUGUAUUAUUCGACUCAGCUACGUUGUGAACUGGAUAUGCAACAAGUGUACUGAAUUUAUAGCAUAUUUAUGUCAUAUAUACUUCAUAUAUAUGUGCAUUAUAUAGUGCAAUUCUUCAAAGUCUUCUAACCCUGUACAUGUGUAAGUGUAUGUAUGUAUCUGUCAGCAGAUCAAGUUUCUCUAAUUGUCGCAGCACACAAAUAUCUUUUUAACUUUUUAUAAACCAAUCGAAGAUUUUAUACAUAAGCAAACCCAAAGACAGAUAAAAUGGCUCCUGUGUAGAAUUAAAA